AUGUCAGAACUGCGGGAGGAAGAGGCCGAACAGUUAGCAAACCUGCUUGGUCUGAGCUCUGAAGGUGAUCCCCAAACACCCAUGUGUGACGCUGUAUCCUCUCAGAAAGGUGAUGGCAGCAAUACUCUCCUCCAUUGCCUAACAGACAACUUUUCAAACAGCCAGAAGACUGAAUGCCUGCCCUGCAAGGAAUGCAAAUCAGAAAAUAACGUCCUGUAUAAGAAAAAGUGCACACCCACCUCGAACGCCGAGUGCCAGUGCAAAGACGGGUUUGAGUUUGAGAGUAAAGAACAGAAUCUGUGUGUGCCGAGGCCACAGUGUCGAGAGGGAGAGCAGCUGAGCAUUGAAGGCAGCAAUGUCUUCACAUAUACGUGUGUCCCCUGUCCACCCAACACCUUCUCAGACACACCGGCUGGGAACUGCAGGCCACUGACUGACUGUCAAGCCUUUGAUUUUAUCACCGUCACCCCUGGCAACCGAACCCACAACACAAAGUGCGGAUGUCACAAAGAUUCCUGCCUCUCCAGGGUACCUCUGCUGGUGGCCUCCUUGCUCUUCACCAUCACAUUAGUGAUUCUGAUUGCCAACAUUCUGCUAUGGAAGAUCAUGUACAAGAAGCAAACCAUUCAUUUUAAGCCUGCCAUCAGGCCCGAUCCCCUCAUCAAAGACCCAGCGCAGCAGGAUGGCUACUACUGCCGCUUAUCACAAGAAGAAAACGGGGGCAAACCGGUGCAGGAGAAUAGCUUCAAGGACACCGACCUCACCCAGAAGCUGACGUGAGCGUGUCAUCGACUUGCGAAGGGCAGUUUCGACCAGUGGGCUCAACGUGACUGGCCUUCUCUGGAUCCCGGAGGGGACUCAGUGGAGCAGGGAUGUCGUGACCAAGUGCCAAGCAGCUACCCUGCAAUGCCAUAUCUGGAGAAGCACAGAGGUCGGUGCCAGUUUCUUGGGCACGUCACGUUUGUAUUUAUUGCACUUAUUUAUUGGGAAAAACCCCAGGGAGUGGGAGGCCAGGCCGUCUCCACAGUGGACAUGCUUUUCCGUUUUUUUUUAUUUGUGCAUAAAUGUUAUUAUGCAGUUUAAAGAUAUUUUAUUUAACUCACUGCCCUUUGUUUAUUUCUUUAUUUACGGUGUCAUUAUUGACAUUGCCAACAUGGAUUCUUUUCAUUUUUGAAGGGUUUUGCUUUAUACUGUAAAUCAUGAAGAUACCAUAGACAGAGAAGCUCAGCCCCUUGUAUUGUGCCACCCACCACUUCUCCAUUCAUCCAUUUUAUUAUCAUUAUCUCUUAUUUGGCUGGCACCUUUAUCCAAGGUGGCGUACAACAUCUGAGUGCAUUUCUUUUGGUUUUCCAGUAGGAGCACAGACAGGUGAAGUGACUUACUCA